CCUUUAUCUCUAUUAUUCAUUAUAUAUUUUUCUGAUCCUAAUUUUAUUGGUAGUGGAAAUUACUCUGUUUUCAUAGUUCUGGGUUUGUAUUCACACCAAAACUGAAGGUUCUUUGACUUCUGGGUAUUGGCCUGUUUAACCAAAUACAGCAUCAUAUAUCAAUUAUCAGGCAAAGGAAGGGAAGGGUUCUACUUGGUAUAUUUAUAUGUUGAAUUUGAAAACAUGAGCCAACAUUCAUCCGUUGCAGGCGCCUCCCGCCCCGUUAAAGAAGCCGGCUUCUUUACCAAAAUCAAGAAUGUUGCUUGCCUGAAAUCAUCAUCAUCAUCAGACAAGGGGAAAGGGGGAAAAGGGAAAAGCAAGUCAUCAAGUAACAAAGUUUCCCAUGGGUUCCACUUAGUGGAAGGUCAAUCAGGCCAUAAAAUGGAAGAUUACCAUGUUGCUGAGUACAGAAAAAGGAAGAAUCAUACCCUUGGAUUGUUUGCAAUAUUUGAUGGUCACUUAGGGGAUCGCGUGCCCACUUAUUUGAAAGACAACCUUUUCAACAACAUACUCGAAGAGCCAAAUUUCUGGAAAGACCCUGAGGCCGCAAUACGGAGUGCAUACUCCUCCACAGAUAAGUUUAUAUUGGAUAACUCUAUGCAAUUAGGGCCUGGCGGCUCCACUGCUGUAACUGCAAUUGUCGUUGAUGGCAAAGAUUUAUGGGUAGCGAACAUUGGUGACUCUAGAGCUGUUGUAUGUGAGAGGGGCUCUGCCAAUCAAAUUACAGUGGACCAUGAGCCGCAUGCUGAACGAAGAAGGAUAGAGAAGCAGGGUGGCUUUGUGACUACUCUUCCUGGAGAUGUGCCUAGGGUGAAUGGUCAACUUGCAGUAGCACGGGCCUUUGGGGAUCAGAGCCUUAAAGCUCAUUUAAGCUCAGAACCUGAUGUCAGACAUGUCCCCAUAGACUCCACUAUUGACUUUGUAAUACUGGCUAGUGAUGGUUUGUGGAAGGUAAUGAAGAAUGAAGAGGCAGUUAAUUUGGCGAAAUCCGUGAAGGAUCCCCAAGCAGCAGCCAAACUGUUAACGACCGAGGCAUUGGCUAGAAAAAGCAAAGAUGAUAUAUCAUGCAUUGUAAUUCGAUUUGGCUGAUGCAGAUAGCAUUGUUUGGUUUGCCAGUGGGAGGCGCUGUACAUGGGGGGAACUCUUAUGAGUUGGAGAGCUUGGAGGUUCAUGUAUGUGGGUAGGUUUCUUAGCAGGGACAACGAUGUGUGAGCUAUUAGUUGAGAUAGAAUUGUGGUGCAUUUUUUGUAUUCCUAGAGAGCUUCCUCAUUAAUCAAUGAUUAUGAACAUGAACAGGUUUGCAUUUGGACUAAAAUGUGUGGGGGCUUGUCUUGUCUUGGCUGGCUUGGCUGCCAAUUAAUAUAGUUAUAAUAUAAGAUAGACCUGUGAAUGUGAUUGAAAAGUGAAAGGUUGAAACAGAGAUUGAUACUAAUCAGCUGCAGAUACAGUGUGUGGAUACAAGUAUAUAUAAAUAUGUUUAUGUAUAUACAUAUA